AUAAAACUACAUUUACCAGCGACUACAACACACAACAAACAUGGCGGUGCCGGAGCAUCAGGAGCGUGAAUCAGUGAAUAGUAAUAUUAGCCAAGAUAAUGAAGGCAAAAAAUCUGGUCCAAUAUCUUUCGGUUUUAGUAAAACAUUAAGUAAGGUUAAAACUGCCAAAGCGGAAGAGCGAGAUUAUUUAGUUGAAGUCGAAGGGAAAGAACUUAAAGGAACCAAGCCGGUGGAGAAACCGAAGGAGCUGGUCAUCCCGUUGAUCCACAAGAACCGCUGGUACCGGCAGGAUGCUGAGCGAGGGGACAAGAGCAGCGAAGACAAGAGCAGAGACCCGUCCCAGGAGGAGCAGGACACGGUGGAGUCUCUAGCCGUCAAAGAGCUCAUCGAGGAGUCUCAAAAGCACCAGGAGAGAUGGAAGAACGGACCGCAGAUGGAUCCGAACUUUGCCAUUCCUCUUCUCAUGCAGAACCAGGCCCCUCAGGGUUUUGAGGAUGGAGACAAAGUCAAUGUGGAUUUGCGACCAGAGUCGUCCACAGAUGCCGACUACGACCGUGUUCCUGUGGAGGCUUAUGGGUUGGCAGUGCUGAAGGGAAUGGGCUGGAAGCAAGGAGAGGGAAUCGGACACACAUUUAAACAAGAUGUGAAGCCCAUAGAGCAUCAGUUAAGGCCUAAAGGGCUGGGUUUGGGUGCCGAUCGCUCUGCUAUUAGAGACCUGGAGCCCGGUGUCCCCAAGAGACGCCCUAAACCCGGUGAGGAGAAGAAGGAAGAGGAGCCGCUGAUUCUGGGGCCUGGAGGAUAUGUGCAGGUCCUGGCAGGAGCCCAUAAAGACCUGUAUGGGAAGAUAGAGGGAGUGGAUCCAGAUAACGCCAGAGUCGUAGUCAAACUUGCCAUCGGCGGCAAGACGGUAACCAUCAUUCAGCACUCUUUAAAACUAGUCACCCGUAAGGAAUACGACAAAUACAGCAAAGACCUCAGUCGUCUUAGUAAAGCUCACAAGGACAAAGAGAGAGAAAAAGAGCAGGAACAGCAGAGGGAACGAGAGCAGAGGAUAAACAGCAAAGAUGACAGAGCAAAGACAGAUAGAGAUCGAGAGAGGGGGAAGGACAGAGACCGAGAUCAGAAGAAAAGAAAACACAGAGAAUCAAGUGCAGACAGAGAGAAGCCUCCUCCAGCAAAGGAGUCGCGGCCCUCACCUCCAGCCCCCUCAUGGCUCCAAAGAGACCUCCAUGUGCGUUUCAUCGAUAAAGCAUUCAAAGGAGGCAAAUACUACAACUCAAAGAUGAGAGUGGAGGACGUCCUGACACCCCACACCUGUGUGUGUCGUACAGAGGAGGGCAGACUGCUGGACGAUAUUAGACAGAAGAUGCUGGAGACCAUUGUACCCAAGAACGACUCAGACUACAUUAUGGUGGUUCUGGGAGAACACAGAGGACAGGUGGGCCGCAUCCUGAAGCGAGACCGAGAGAAGUGUCGAGCCAUGGUUCAGCUGGACCGAUACGAGGAGCAGGUGUUCACACUCGACUAUGACGCCAUCUGUCAUUAUGUGGGCGCAACAGAACACUGAGAAGCCAACCGGAAGCCACAAAUCACUCUUUAUCAUCCCAACCCUGUUCUGAUGACGACAUCGGUUGUGAUUGGCUGCUUUUUCCCUGAAUUGAUAGAGACCAACAUAUCAGAUAAAUUCAAUUUUAAUACAACCAAGACUUCAUUUUGCUAGUUGUGCUGUUGUAUUUUUAAAUGCAGGUUUAAACCCAAAUGUGGAGUCAUACUUGGACGCAACUGCUGUUGUGCUGUGACAGUGGUACAUCUGCAUAAUCGGAUGAUCUUGAAGCAACAUAAUAUCCUGUUAGUAAGUCUGUUAUGUUGCUAAAUAAAAAAGUGACAUGUUUCUCUCUGUAUAGUAAUAAUGAACAUUUACACAGGUCAGCAGUAGCAUCAGUGUUUGAGUGUCUGCUGCUGAUCUGGGAAGAAAAUGAAAUGACAUUUCAGCCCAAUGUAAUUGCGCAAAAAUCUCACUGCCAGUUCAUUCGAAUCCAAACACUUUUGAAACUCUGCUUUGGUUUCUUAGUCCAAUAAAGAUCUCAAUUUGUUGUUUAUGUACAAAGUUAUACACAAGUCACCAACAAUUUCCACUCAUGUUAUCUUUUUAAUAAUAAAAU